AUGGUUGCUCCGGGACCAACCUCGGAUGUAAAUCGCGAGUACUUUGCGCAGAACAACGAGCGCGCUAUCGAAGAGGGCCGUGGUGGUGUUGAGGAGUACGAGAAGACGGAUGAGAAGGCAAGGGAGUUACUGCGCCGACUAGCCACGAGCAAGCCGUAUUUUAGGAAGGGGCCGACAAUUGACAACACCGGUGCUGUUAUAUCUCGUGGACAUUCGGCAGUGGGCUCUGGCCUUGGAGGGCCUGGACCAAUUCGAACUCGGGAUAGCCACUGGCUACCACCUGAUGACGAGAGCAUCAUGUCGCUGUUCUUGACUGGCGUCGAAGAUGACCUUCCCGAAUAUAAGAUCCGAGACUUUUUCCAACCGCAUGGUAAAAUCAAAAGUCUAAUAUGUUCCCACAUGUCUCAUUGCGCGUUUAUCAACUUUGAAACUCGCGAGGCCGCGGAGAAGGCCGCUCUUUCUUGCCAGGGACGUGCAGUAAUUGCGGGUUGUCCUCUACGCGUCCGUUGGAAGGCGCCUUCAGCUGUCGGCAAUAUGAAUCGAGAACAAAGGUCUCAGAUGUUAAUGGAUGCCCGUCGCACCAUUGUCAGCGGGAAGCCAAGGGCUGGCGGCCAGAACUCUGAGACACGAGAAGAAUCUGCCGCAGAGUCCCAUGGGACUCCAUCUGAUCAGCUGGCUACUGUUGCUCCACCAGGAACUACCGAGGUGCCCGGGUAUGCGAGUCUGGAUGGCUUCUAA